AUGGCGGCGGACGGGGGCGCGGCGGCGGCGGCCCGCGAGCGGCGGCGCGAGCAGCUCCGGCAGUGGGAGGCGGCGCCGGCCCCGCCCUGCCCCCCGCGGCCGCCGCGCGCCCGGGCCGUGCGCUUCGAGCGCGCCGCCGAGUUCCUGGCCGCCUGCGCGGGGGGGGAGCUGGGCGAGGCCGGGGCCAUGCUGCGGGGGGGGCCCGGCGGGGAGCGGCCCGUGCCCGGCCUGGUCAACGGCACCAACGCGGACGGGAUCAGCGCCCUGCACCAGGCCUGCAUUGAUGAGAACCUGGAGGUGGUGCAGUUCCUGGUGGAGAAUGGAGCUGACGUGAACCAGGCGGACAAUGAGGGCUGGACGCCUCUGCAUGUUGCUGCCUCCUGCAGCUACAAGGAGAUUGCCCAGUACCUGCUGGCCCACGGCGCGCAGGUGGCGGCGGUGAACAGCGACGGGGAGAUUCCCCUGGAUAUCGCCGAGGACGACGGCAUGGAGGCGCUGCUGCGGGAGGAGAUCGCCAAGCGAGGUGUGGACGUGGCGGCCGCCAAGCGGGAGGAGGAGGAGCUGAUGCUGCAGGACACGCGCCAGUGGCUGAACGCUGGGCACAUCGACGACACGCGCCACCCCAAGACCGGAGCCAGUGCCCUGCAUGUGGCCGCCGCCAAGGGCUACAUCGAGGUCAUGAGGCUGCUCCUGCAGGCCGGUUAUGACCCCAACGUGCAGGACAAGGACGGCUGGACCCCCCUGCACGCGGCGGCCCACUGGGGGGUGGAAGAAGCCUGCCGCCUGCUGGUGGAGCAUCUGUGUGACAUGGACACCCUCAACAACGUGGGCCAGCGGCCGUGCGACCUGGCGGACGAGGACACGCUCAGCCUGCUGGCGGAGCUGCAGAAGAAGCAGGAGGACCUGCGUAGCAAGAAGGAAGCUCACCUGAAGCAGGCGGUGAUCGAUACCAGCGCGGAGCAGCAGCCUGUGUACAGCGCCAAGCACAGGCGGAGCUCCGUGUGCCGCAUGAGCAGCCGGGAGAAGAUCUCGGUGCAGGACCAGUCCAAGGAGCGCAAAACUCUGGGCCCCAUCGUCCCUGACGAGGAGAACAGCUCCGCCUCCGAGGGGGAGGAGCCGGAGAAACCCACCGAGUCCACGAAGCCCCCCCCUCAGGAGAGCAGCAGCUUGAAUGGGGUCGCCCUGCCGCCCGUCUCCCCUGCACCAACAGGGCCCAAGUUCUCCGGAGGCCGUCCCGCAGCGCCGGAGGAUUCGUCGGCGCCCGCCUGGAGGGCGGGGCUGCGGAAGACGGGCAGCUUCGGGGUGCUGCAGGAUGCCCGGCUGGACGAGGGGCCCCCCAAGGAGGGCAGGAUCAAGCGCUCGGCGUCCAGCCCCAGGCUGGACACAGAGGAGAAGCCACAGGACAUCUGGGAAAUCCUACAGAAGUGGAACAGGACUCUGAUUGGCCCGGGGUUAGCCAAUAAGAGCGUAGCCUCAGAGCUAGCCAGUCGGGAGGAAGGGAGUUCAUCAGGUGACCUGAGCAAGGAGCCGCCGCGCCUGGCCCGGGUCCCGCCGACGCCCACCCGGCGUAUCUUCACCCUGCCAGACGCAGAGCCAAGCCGAGCGAGCUUGGAAGACGGCCUGCAGAUGAAAAUCGACGUGGGUUCUGCCCCCAACCAGCUGCCCACUUCCAGCACAGACCCCCGCGACCGCCGAAGAUCGUAUCAGACCCCAGUGCGGGAUGAGGAGUCGGAAUCACAGCGCAAAGCCCGGUCGCGUCUCAUGAGGCAGUCCCGGCGAUCCACCCAGGGCGUCACCCUCACGGACUUGAAGGAGGCCGAGAAGACCAUUGGCCGAUCCGGGGAUGCCAGGGCCACCGAGCAGCGAAUCGGGGAGGACGAGAAGCGGGGCCGAGAAGGGGAGCAGCCGCUGGACACCACGGACUCGGCCCGGCGAUGCCGCACAGCCAACCCCGAGGGCUCCUCGGUGUAUCCCGUGAAUCCCAUCGUGGUGAACUCUCAGGCAAAGAAAGCACCGGAGCCCGAGGGGUUGGGGCUGGGCUCUGAGGCGGAGGCCGAGCUGCGGAACCGGCUGGCCGUGCGGGACCGCCGGAAAGGCCGGCGGGAACGACGCUCCACGGGCAUGGUGCAGAACGCAGAGGGCGACGAGACCGAAGAGCCGGAGCAGCUGAAUGACACCGCCCCGGGAUCCAGGUACCUGCCGGCCGGGAGCUCCAGCACGUCCGACCACUUGAACAGCCUCCUGCCCCACCGGACGGACGCCUACGGCUGCGCCAGGCUCAGCAGCGUGGGCAGCGCCGGGGAUGAGCAUGAAUACAAAAAGCUCUAUGAAGAUCUCCAGGUGGAGAACGAGAAGCUGAAGGAGCAGUUGCAGGAGACGCAGCUGAAGCUGACCCAGAUCAAGCUGGAGCUGGAGCGGGUGACCCAGAGGCAGGAGCGCUUUGCCGAGCGGCCGGCGCGGCUGGAGCUGGAGAGAUUUGAGCGCCGGGCCUUGGAGCGGAAGGCGGCGGAGCUGGAGGAGCUGAAGGCUCUAUCGGACCUGAAGGCCGAUAACCAGCGCCUGAAGGACGAGAACGCGGCUUUGAUCCGGGUCAUCAGCAAACUCUCCAAGUGAUGCCCCCCCGCCCAGGGCAGGGAGUCGCCCCACUUCCCGGGCCAGCCCCUUCCAGCCGGCAGGGGA